CGCAUCUGUCAGUGGUUGUUCCCUUGCUAACUUCAGCCAUGUUUCCCUCAGUUUCUCUCGUUUGACAUUUCAUGUAGCUGCCUGUCGUCGUGUGUGACAGUCGGACGGACUACUGUGUUGCAUAUUUAAUAUUCCUUCUGCCGAACAGCGUCACUUUUCAUUCAGGAACAAGCCGAAGAAGCAAGCUAGCCUCUCGGAGGUAGCUAACAGCUGCUUAGCUUUUAGGUGUCACUGUGAGGCUACCAACCUGACUCAAAGCUUCUAUGAGCUACGUCUGUCUGCCACGACCAGAGGAUGUAUCCGCCUUCCAGAAAGGACUUCAUCUCUCUGACCCUCAGUGAUGCUCACAGUCACUCGUACAACAACGGAAAACACCGGAGACAGUCCUGCUGGAGGAAAUGGAAGCAGCUGUCUCGGCUGCAGCGGAGCCUCAUCCUGUUGCUGCUGGCUCUGAUACUCAUAUUUGCACUGCUCUCCUAUCCAAGCAUCCCACAGGAGUGGAAAACUUUUUCUGACCGGGACGAGUGGCUGGACCUAAACGACAGAGAGGUGAAGGAUGAUCUUCCAGAUGUGCAGUCUGUAUUGGAUCUACCUGCAGCUAAAGUCCCGCCUCCUGCAGCAGGGCCACAUGUAGCAGGGCCACAUGUGGGGCCAGCUGUGGAUCCAGAUCCUGCUGUGGUGGAGCCCAAAGGACCAAACAUACCUAUUUUUCCUAAACCUCCCAUUAAGGUAAGAGCCUUCCCAAACAAAAGAGGUCCACCAAGCAUGCGUAAAGAUGGAAACAUUUCAGACACAGUCGUUCAGAAAAAGCAAGUGCAGGAGGUGGUUAAAGAAGAAGGAAGAGAGAAGGGAGAGGAGGACAAAGAGAAGAAGAUUGUCAGCUGGAGAGGAGCAAUGAUUCAAGCAGACCAGGCCACAGAGCCCCCGCCCUCGGCAAAUGGGAAAGAAGCUGCAGCACCCCCAGCCCCAGCCGACUCUGCAGACCCUCUCCCAUUAGAUGUUUCAGGCAGAACUGAGGCCAGACUGGAGGCAGUACGUGAUGCCUUCAGGCACGCUUGGAAAGGCUACAAGGACUACGCCUGGGGUCACGAUGAGCUCAAGCCCAUCUCCAGGACUUUUGGGGAGUGGUUCGGACUGGGUUUGACGAUCAUCGAUUCUUUGGACACCAUGUGGAUUCUGGGCCUCAGAGAAGAGUUUGCAGAAGCGAGGGACUGGGUAGAGAAAGAGCUCUCCUUCGACAAGAACGUGGACGUGAAUCUUUUUGAGACGACCAUCCGGGUCCUCGGGGGCCUGCUGAGCACCUACAAUCUGACAGGAGACCAGCUCUUCCUCGACAAAGCUAAAGACAUCGGGGCGAGAUUGAUGCCUGCCUUCAAAACUCCCUCAAAGAUCCCGUUCUCAGACGUGAACAUCGGGAAGGGGACAGCCCACCCCCCCCGAUGGACGUCAGACAGCACACUGGCCGAGGUCACCAGCAUUCAGCUGGAGUUCAGAGAGCUGAGCCGCCUCACACAGGACCCCCAGUACCAGGAGGUUGUGAAUGAGGUGAUGAAGCUGGUCCACAAGCUGCCAGGCAAACACGACGGCCUGGUUCCCAUGUUCAUCAACACCAACAGCGGCCAGUUCACCCACAAAGGGGUCUUCACUCUGGGGGCCAGGGCAGACAGCUACUAUGAAUACCUGCUCAAACAGUGGAUCCAGGGAGGCAAGACGGAAGACGACCUGCUGGAGGACUACCUUCAGGCCGUGGAGGGAGUGAAGAAACACCUCGUGAGACAGACGGGGUCCGGCAGACUGACUUUUGUUGGAGAGUUGUCCCAUACCCGCUUCAACCCUAAAAUGGACCACCUCGUGUGCUUCCUGCCAGGCACCUUAGCACUGGGGGCCCACAACGGGCUCCCGGGGGACCACAUGGACCUGGCUGUGCAGCUGAUGGAGACGUGUCAUCAGAUGUACAAACAGAUGGAGACGGGGCUGAGCCCAGAGAUCGCUCACUUCAACCUGCAGGCCUCCGAUGGCCAGGAUAUCUUCGUCAAGCCUGCAGACAGACACAACCUGCUGAGACCAGAAACAGUGGAGAGUCUGUUCUACAUGUACAGGUUCACCAAGGACACCAAGUACAGAGACUGGGGAUGGGACAUACUGGAAAGCUUCAACAACCACACUAAGGUCCCCGGUGGUGGCUACACGUCCAUCAACAACGUACGUGACAUCGAGAACCCCGCGCCCCGAGACAAGAUGGAGAGCUUCUUCCUGGGUGAGACCCUGAAGUACUUCUAUCUGCUCUUCUCUGACGACAUGGAGCUGCUCAAUCUGGACAAGUAUGUCUUCAACACGGAGGCCCACGCUUUCCCCAUCUGGCCCUCCCCCCCCAAGUGAUGUCAUCGAACAGGAGGAGUCUGUAGACAUCAGGUAAAAAGAGUCCUGUAGGAGUCACUGCUGAUUGGUCAGGGCUGGACUGCAGUGCUGAGCAGACCUGCGUCCACCUGCACUAAAACAUGUGUCCAUAUGGAGGAGAUACUGAGUUUUAUUUUCCUUAUUUCUUAAUUGUUCCUAAGGAAAAUGUCUGUGAGAGCUGGUCUCUAAUGUAAAGCGGGUUCUUGUUUGUAUCUGCUCCGACCUACUGGCUCCAACAGGUCAUGGGCAAGAAGAUAAUGGGGAGCUUUUCUACUGGGGUGACUGGGACAGUCCUGUCUGUGUAUAUACUGUAUAUGUGGGUUGUAAAACCACCGCCUCAUCCCUCAGUUUGUCUUUUUGUUAGUCCUACCGUCAGACAUGGUGGCUGUGAAGGAAUUCACACAUUACUGAAGGUGCCGUAACCAAUAAUGGAAAUCUAUGGAGUAUGUUCGCUAUAAUUAUGUUUAAAGGGAUUCCUCUCGGAAAGGAGUAGCAGAUCAUUUCUGAAGGUCUUUACUUUGGCAACACCGAGUGCACUUGCUUAUUGCAAAAAUUACAUCAAAUAAGUUUUACAUUGUAAUACUUUGUGAGACGUAUGUCCCCUUUGUCGUGCCAUCCUGAGUGUCUAUGAGCAGCUACAGCGCAGUGUCCGGGGGCCAAUAUAAGUUCUGAGGCCUGCAGGAGAGCAAAGGCAGCACUGUGUUCCUAAUGCCCGACAUGCACACUUUCAUUCAUUAAAGACCUUAUGAAGCAUUGCUAAGUGUAUGGCAAGUACACUUGCUAUAAAUCACUCCAUCCAAUUAUGUAAAACAACACUUUUGUUGUUUGGGUAUGAAUGUUACUCAAACCUGUCUUUUAGCUUUCAGUCGUUUCAGGUUUUCAGGCUUUCUAUGUAAUGCAUUGCACUCAUUCAUUAGUUAAAGGCACACUUAGGUCUUUUUCCACCAGUUCCCUAUUUCCAUACGUUUUAGUGUCCAAGUGACUGAUGCGGAAAAACCUUUCUGAAAUUGGUCUAGCAUUGAGAGAGAGAGAGAGAGACAGAGAGCACUACCUUACACAAACAAGUGCUUUCAGUGGACCAAUAGGAUCACAGUGCAGCAUCUCACUUAAUACUGGACCAAUUUAAAACCUCUUACUGCACAGUCACACUUCCUUGUGUUUUUUAAAUGCAAAGUUGGUUCAUUACUGAUGUUUUAUUUUGUGUGUCAGUGACAGAGAAGUCAAUGUGUUUAAGGACCUAAAGGUGUGAUGCUGAAAGUAUCCUGAACAGAGGUCCAUUGAAAUAAUGAUUUUGAAUUGGAAUUCUACACAUACAGCAAUGACAUGUUUUAUUAAUGAAUGUAUGCAUUGUUAUUUAAGUGAUACAUUUGUUCAUAGAGGAGCUCUUGUUAAUAAGUAAAUGCACUCUCGCUCUACAGAUAUGGGCCUGGUUUUGAAUACAUUAUUAUUCACACUGAUAUGAAGGGGGAUACAUAAAGCUUCCAUACAGUCUUACAUUUGCAGUUUUUUAUGAAGUUAUAUGGAAGAAACCGUAAACAUUUCCUGUGUCAGGGACAUUAUGCCCACAGCCCUUCAUGUAUCAUCUUCACACAAAUGACUUGUUUAAGAAAUGAAGUGUUUCAGAUUGUUUUCUUCAUACUUCAAGGAGUUUGAUUCACGCUGUGUAGCAACCCCUGACUUCCCGUCAAAUGUGAUGUAAGAGCAGCGCUUGUUUUCUAUAUACUGUGACAUUUAAAAUCAAUUUGAAGGACAUAUCCGGUGAACUGUAGGAGCUGCUUUGAAGAUGGCUCAACCCACACCAUUGAAAGGGUCUCUGUCUCGAAUCUUUUUCUGUGGUUUCAAGACGUCCAUGGAGCUCCUUCUGUCCGACAGACAGCCAUACCCACAAGAUGAAUGUGCACUACAUUUGCCAACGCUCUACUGUGCCUAUUUAAAUGUUUAUUGUGCUACAGUGGUGUGUCCUUUUCUUGCUGCUGUAUCAGUGGAGUGAAUUUGUGAAGUGCCAUGGGUGCUCCUGGUUUGUGUUUUUAAUUUGAAUGGGUGGUCGACUAAACAUUAUGGCUGUAAAUACUUUCUGUUCAUUGUUUCUAACGUGUGAACUGAAUCCAACCUUGUCAUUAUGUCAUGUCAAAACAAUCUGUAAGUUGUUUUUCUUUCUGCACUUUUUAUUUAAUGAGGGUUAAUUACAUGGCAAUCCAUCAAUGUGUCAAAGCCAUUUGAACAUUUAUGGAAACUGUCUGAUCUUUGAAGUAUUUGUUUUUCUUCUUUGUUGCUCGCCAGGGAAAAGGGUAAAUACUAUUUUGGAAAUGUGUAUAUUUCUUGAAGUGAGAAGAACAUCUGUAGUACACAUAUUAGAAUAGUAUACCAUGGUUUAAUAAACCAAUGUUAUUGAGAGAUUUACUAUUAUUACAUGCAUUCAUAUGUUUUCUAUUCACCCGGAGUGUGACCACAUUCAAACCGGACCGAACCGGAUAGGACGAGUUACAGUGCUGCAACCGUCAUGAGGCCCUGUAUCAUCUAAUGUAGUGUAAAUGGUUUGUGUUACUUUAAGGAGUCAAAUCUAAAAGUGUCUGGAGGCGUUGCGAGUAAAUACUUAAGUCACACACGUGGGUGAACAAGCCAAACUCAAACACUCUUUGGAAAUCAGCCAUACCUCUUAAACCAAUUUCAAUUUGGUGAGAGUGUAACAUUCUCAAUAGCAUUUUACAAAAAGAUAAUCUGCCAGAAACCUUUUUUACUUAUUCUGGCGGUAUUCCAAUGUUUCUUAUUGCCCACAAAGAAAAAAAGAUAUUGGUCAGACUCUUAAUACUUUGACUUCUUCAACCCGUUUGAGGGAAUGUACCCCAAGACCCUUUGUUCCUACUGAAGAUAUUCAUCUUCAAAACAAAAUAUGUAGUCAACUAUUAUUUUUAAAGGCUUAGGAAUUCCCUUAAACAGCUUGGCACUAGUUUCUAUCAAACCUUACUCAAACAGGAGAACAUAAUAUUUGUUGGGCUCUAUUUACACUGUAGGAUUAAUACACGUUCUCUAUUUGUGUAUUUUGUAUAUGUGAGAUCAACUCAAGAUGAACCAGUGUGGGUGUGAUGGUAAUGAAGGAACCCAGUGCAAAAGUGUGGCUCACUGAUGUCAUUUGAAAUGUUUUUGGACAACCACAGCUCCGUUUUUUUUGCUUGAUCUGAAUUUGUUUUUUUUAAUGUUUUUAUGAAAAUGAAGGAAGAAAGAUUCUUAAACCUGAGAGUUGUUGUAUAUCCUGAAUCCACGAGGGAUCUGGAAUCUGUCGAGUCAGAACACAGAAAGGAUCAGAUAAAAAGCUGCUUUGCUCUAAGGCAGUGACUGUCAGGGUUUUCACUUUGUUAAAUGCUCUGCUCUCUAUAUACGAUUGCCUCUCUUUUCAUUAGCACAAAUCCGCCUUUAUGACAGAUAUUCAUGAUCACUGUUUUGUGUUACGAGGCUGAUUGUAACAGAAAAGAUAAAAGAGCGGGAAAUGGCUCACUUAGCUCCCCAGAGACCUCCCACAGAAGCUAUUUCAUUCACUUUGCUUUCCAUUUCAUGUUCUGAAAUGAUGAUUCUUUCACUUUACGGAAAUUGGGCUGUCUCGGCCCUUUUUAAUAUAUAAAAGUGGUACAUUGAUUCUUGAGGUUGUAUUGUUAAAUCUUUUCUAGAAUUUCAAAGGUUUUGUGAAACACAACGAUGUACUUUUGGUAAGAAGCUUUUAGUUUUUUCCUAUCUUAAAUAAGCGUAUUGGCUAAAUCUGACAAAUGAUGUAAUUAUGACUGAAUCCAAGCCAUAGCACAAUGACCACUCCACUCUUCUACAGGAUGUGGCUGAAAGAACCGCAGCAUUGUGAAUCAGUUUUAGACACAGGGGCCAAAGACAUGGAUCAAUAUAGUUGUUGCUGGUUCAAUACCCUCACUGAGCCAUGCUAAAAGUAAAACCCUUCUCUUCAUGAUGAAAGAUCCGGUAGUUGGCCUGCAAGUUGAUAACUCAUCUGCUUUGGAGACAUGCUGACAUGCCUGUAUUCAUUUUCAUUUAAGUGGUUAUUUUAUUUGGUUAUUUUAUUUUCAAAGUGGAUAGAGUUUGGCAGUUUCUCAUGAUGAUGCACUUUUCAUAGUCCUUGUCUUUUAUCUGUCCUAUAUAAAAUCCAUGUUCACUGUACAGAUGUCCGAUGGAGCACUUUGUAACUCAAGUUGUGGCUUAUUGCAAAGUUCACCAAAUGCAAACUGUGCUCCUGGUUACACCAUUUUUGAAUAAAGAUUUUCAACGAAG